AUGGCUUGUGAGGCAGCGAAAGUAGCCAUGAAUCACCUUCCAGCCGAAGAACCGGUGGCCAAAAAUGCCGCGAAUUUUCUCGCAAUAGAAGGCUUUAACAUCACCAGAAUCCCUGGUGAACUUCUGGACGAAGAGUUCUGUAGUCAUUUGCGACUGAGGGCUGAGCGAGCCCUUGGUAGGAUUGAUAUUCUGGUGAACAAUGUAGGAACAGGUCGUGACUUCACUCCCGACAUUACAAUCUACACCAAGAAGGAGUGGGACAGAAUCUUCCGCACGACCGUAUACGCUGGGUUCUUCUUGGCGCGCGCAGCAACACCAAAGAUGCCGCCUGGUCCCUCGAUCAUCUGGACCGUGUCAAGCGUCGUUGCAAACCUGGUCAGCUCUAUCCACGGCUAUGCUGCAAGCAAAGGUGCCGUGGCCAGUCUUGUUCAAACUCUCAGAAAUUUUUCUGAGCCAGCAAAGGCACCAGCGUGA